GAAGCAACAUAGCAGAGUUGCUUAUCCAAAAACAAAAAAGAUACUCAACAUAGCUUGAAUGAACAUGUUCGGGUCUACACUGAUAAUAGCAGCAUUUCUCUCCAUUGUUUUUAUUCUUCUUCUUCUAUGGCUUUCGAGAUGGAAUAGAAGAAGUAGCUAUGUAAUCAUCGAUUGGCCUGUUUUCGGGAUGAUUCCUGCUCUUCUUUGCAACUUGUCUCGUAUCCAUGAUUUUGCCACUUUUAUUCUUCAACAAAAUAAAGGCACUUUUCUGUUCAAAGGACCUUGGUUCUUUGGCAUGGAUUUUUUGUUGAUUAGCGAUCCCAUGAACGUCCAUUAUGUUCUGAGCAAGAACUUCCCCAACUAUCCCAAGGGCCCUGAGUUCAGAGAGAUUUUUGAACCUCUGGGAGAUGGAAUUUUCAAUUCUGAUUCUGAUAGCUGGAGUAUUCAGAGGAGAAUAUUUCACUCUUUAUUAGUCAAGAACAAGAGGUUCGAUUUGGCUGUAGAGAUCACUUUGAGGCAAAAGAUCUUAAAUGGCUUAUUUCCACUUCUGGAAAAUGUUUCACAAGUAGACAUGCAAGAUGUGUUUCAGCGAUUCACGUUUGAUAAUAUCUGCCGGUUGGUUUUAGGCUUUGACCCAAAUUCCCUUUCUAUUGAAUUCCCUGAAAUUGCUUAUCAGAAAGCUUUUGAUGAUAUAGAGGAGAUCAUCAUUUACCGGCAUGCAUUGCCUGCAAGCAUUUGGAAGUUGCAAAGAUGGCUUCAGAUUGGGAAUGAGAAGAAGUUCAAGAAAUCUUGGAAGAUUUUUGAUGAUUUUUUGGAGCAAUGUAUUAUAAGAAAGCGAGAGCAAGUAGGCCAAAGCUGCAAAGAUCAAAUGGAAGGAGAGGGUUUCGACUUGUUAACAUACUUUCUGGCAGAAGAUAAUGAUUUUGCAAAAGUAGCAGCAGAAAGUGGCAUUCUGAUUAAAUCAAACAAGUUUCUAAGAGACAUGGCAUUUAAUCUCUUGGUAGCUGGGAGAGACACCAUAGGUGCUGGUCUUGUCUGGCUCUUCUGGCUUGUCGGAACUCACCCAUUUGUAGAGCAAAAGAUUUUGGAAGAGAUCAAAGCAAAUUUAGAUGCAAAAACAAGUGAAAAAUGGAGGGUUUUCAGUAUUGAAGAGGGAAGGAAACUAGUUUAUCUCCAUGCAGUUAUAUGUGAAGUUUUGAGGCUGUAUCCACCAGCACCUUUCGAACACAAAGUGGCAAUUGAAGAAGAUAUUUUUCCAAGUGGACAUAAUGUUCCUAGAAAUAUGAGGAUUCUGUUCUCUUUCUACGCAAUGGGCAGGAUGGAAGAAAUAUGGGGUAAAGAUUGCUUGGAAUUCAAACCAGAGAGGUGGAUUUCAGAGGGAGGAAGAAUCAAACAUGUGCCGUCUUACAAGUUCGUAGCAUUCAAUGCAGGACCCAGGAGUUGCAUAGGUAAGGAGUUGGCAUUCCUACAAAUGAAAGCGAUUGCUGCUUCUGUUAUAUGGAAUUAUUCUCUUCAAGUGGUUGAAAACCAUUCUGUUAGUCCAAAUGUUUCUGUAUUACUUUAUACGAAAAGAGGUUUGAAGGUUAGGGUUUUAAAGAGAUUUGCUCCUUGAAGAUAUUAAUCUACCUCAUGGAAUCACUUAUGUGUAAUUAGUUAAUAAGUUGGUCAUUAAGCAAAUCUAGAAGUUUUUGUAUUCCAAUGUUAUCUAUGUAAGUCUUAUCUUAGAAUCAGAUAUAUAUACCUUAUUAAUGUAUGAAUACCACGUUAUGUAAAAUUAUGGUAAGUCUAGUCUAAAAUUAUAUGGUGCAACCUAUUUAAAAAUAUGAUUUAUUAAAUUUUUAUUGGUUA